GCCGGCGCGGCCGGAAGUGGAUGCCGACGGGGCUGGACCGGAGGAACGGGGGAUGUCGCCGCUGCCGCCGCCCGCCGGAUUGUGUUUUCUUCAGGCCAGAAAUGCGUGCGGUUCUGACUCGACUGCAGAAUUGGUAAUGUGCCGCGUGAUCUAAGAGAGGCCCGAGCCCCGUCUUGCUUCGAGACAGACUAUGGAGGAGUGGACAGAACUGCCAAGUGGAGCGGAUAAGCGGGAUGCGGUGGCAGCCACAGCCCCCGUUUUCAGCCGGGAGAUCUCCGUGAGCGAGUUCUGCUGCCACUGCUGCUACGACAUUCUGAUCAACCCGACCACCUUGAACUGUGGGCACAGCUUCUGCAGGCACUGCCUGGCCUUGUGGUGGACCUCCUCCAAGAAGAACGAGUGCCCGGAGUGCCGGCAGAACUGGGAAGGGUUCCCCAAGGUCAACAUCCUCCUCAGAGAUGCCAUCGAGAAGCUGUUCCCGGACGCCACCGAGCAGCGGAAAGACGACGUCCAGCAGAACCCCGACGUCUCCCGGAGCCUGGCGGCCUUCCAGAAGUACGGGAGCGACCAGGCGUCUGCGGCCCCAAACGCGGGGAGGACCGAUCCUCGGGGGAGGGGCUUCUUCUCCGGAGUCCUGACGGCGUUGAGUUGCGUGGCGGUGGUCUUGCUCGGGUAUCACUGGAGCAGCAGGGAACUGGAGGACGACCUCCUUGUCCACAAGCCGGUGGCCCGGUGGGGCCCCGAGGAGGUGCUGCACUGGCUGGGCCAGCUGGGGCCGUGGGCUUCCCUCUACAAGGAGAGGUUUCUGCUGGAGAGAGUCAACGGCAGGCUCCUCUUGACGCUGACGGACGAGGAUUUUGCCCGGGCCCCAUACUACAUCGAGAAUAGCAGCCACCGAAAGGCCAUCGUGGCGGAGCUGGACCGGGUGAAGACGCUGGGCGUGAAGCCGCCCCAGAAUCUUUGGGAGUACAAGGCGGUCCACCCCAGCAAGUCUGUGUUCCUGCUCUACGCCCUGAAGGGCUCCCCGCGGCUCACGAUGCUCUACCUGUACCUCUUCGAUUACACGGAUCUCUUCCUCCCAUUCAUCCACACCAUCUGUCCGGAGCGGCAGCCGCUGGAGGAGGAGGGCCUCGAAGACGUUCCGGCCAAAUUGCUGGACCCGAAGGAGCCGGCGUGGAAGCAGUGGCGGGAAUUCCUGGUCAAGUACGUCCUCCUGCCCUACCAGCUGAUCGCCGAGUUCGCCUGGGACUGGCUGGAGGUGCACUACUGGACGUCCCGCUUCAUCAUCGUCAACGCCAUGCUGCUCUCCGUCCUGGAACUCUUCUCCUUCUGGAGGCUCUGGUCCAGGAGGGAACUGAAAACUAUCCCUCACCGGAUGUGGAACCACUUCUGGAAGGUGUCCACCCAGGGACUCCUGGUAGCCAUUUUCUGGCCCUUCAUUCCUCAGUUCGUCUGCAACUGCCUCUUCUACUGGGCCUUGUACUUCAACCCCAUUAUAAACAUCGACCUCGUGGUCAAAGAGGUGCGCCGCCUGGAUACGCAAGUGCUCUGACAGGCGCUCCCGGACUCCUUCCUUGUGCGCCGUGAGCCGUCUCGAAGGCGAGGGGGACUUAUUCUUUCUACGGUGAUAAAAACCUGCAUUGGUUUCUCUUCCUGUUUGCUUUAACCCACUUUUGGAGGAAGUGUUUUCUUUGUCGUUGCGGGAUAAGCAACCAGGGCAUUUUGGGAGCCCCUUCCCCCCAAGGAGGCCAGCCUCUUUGUUGUUGGAGUGGGUUGUCCAAAACACCAGCUGUGCCAGUUUGUGUGUGUGUGUUCAGGCUGUGGACCGGUACUUUGAGGAACCCGAGGGGGUCAAGUCUCUGCCCCAUCUCGUCUUCUGAAAAAAGGCUUGUUUAUCUCAUUCGGGCAUUUGGAUACUUAAAGGGAGACUUACAGAGGUACUGACUCCUUGUAAAACAAAAGAUUUCAAACCUGAUUUGGGGCUUCCUUCUCCCCCCACUCCCUCCCCCACCAUUUUUAUGAAUCAAACGAGAAAUCUGAUGUUUCUGUUGCUGUAUUGGUUUUCUAAGUCCAUUUGCCAACCACGACCACCUUUUUAAGAAACCAAAACGAGAACCCUGCAUGCGGACAAGCAACUGUGAAGUGGCCGUUCUGUCUCUCGAGCGCACCACACCUGUUUUCGCUGUUUGUUUAAAUGUUGGCCAAACCACGCUGAGCUUUGUUUUAAAUGCUUGUUUCCUUACCAAUGAAGCUUUGAUUAUGUAUUUGUAUUAAUCUGAUCUUCAGAUUUGCCUA